CCGAGCCUAGGGCCGGCGGACCCGCGGACCGGCGGGCGGGCGGGCGAUCCCGCGGGCGCGGCACCUGCGGGCAGAAGCGUCGGGCUGCCGCAGCGCCGGACCGCCCGCCUCCCAGCUGCCGCUGAGAUGAGUGCAGUGUCGGAACCCCAGGCCGCUCACAGCCCCCUGGAGAAGCCGCCCAGCACCGCCAUCCUGUGCAACACCUGCGGGAAUGUGUGCAAGGGGGAGGUGCUGAGGGUCCAGAACAAGUACUUCCACAUCAAGUGCUUCGUCUGCAAAGCAUGUGGCUGUGACCUGGCCGAGGGUGGCUUCUUCGUGCGGCAGGGUGAGUACAUCUGCACGCUGGACUACCAGCGCCUGUACGGGACCCGCUGCUUCAGCUGCGACCAGUUCAUCGAGGGCGAGGUGGUGUCGGCGCUGGGCAAGACCUACCACCCCGACUGCUUCGUGUGUGCCGUGUGUCGAUUGCCUUUCCCACCGGGGGACCGAGUGACUUUCAACGGGAAGGAAUGCAUGUGCCAGAAGUGCUCCCUGCCCAAGACAGCGGGCAGCAGUGUGUACCUGUCCCAGGGCCUCUGGAGUUGUGGAGGCUGCGGCGCAGAAAUAAAAAACGGUCAGUCCCUGGUGGCUUUGGACAAACACUGGCAUUUGGGCUGUUUUAAGUGUGAGACGUGUGGGAAGCAGCUCGAUGCGGAGUACAUCAGCAAGGACGGGCUGCCCUACUGUGAGGCCGACUACCACACCAAGUUCGGCAUCCGCUGUGACGGCUGUGAGAAGUACAUCACGGGGCACGUGCUGGAGGCAGGAGAAAAACACUACCACCCAUUGUGUGCGCUAUGCGUCAGGUGUGGCCGGAUGUUUGCGGAAGGCGAGGAGAUGUAUCUUCAAGGUUCCUCCAUCUGGCACCCGGCGUGCCGACAAGCAGCCAGAACUGAAGACAAAAACAAGGAAACCAGGAGCUCCUCAGAGAGCAUCAUUUCUGUACCUGCUUCCAGCACCUCGGGGUCUCCAAGCCGCGUGAUCUAUGCGAAGCUGGGCGAUGAGAUUCUCGACUACAGGGACUUGGCGGCUCUUCCUAAAAGCAAGGCCAUCUAUAACAUCGACCGCCCCGACAUGAUCUCCUACUCGCCGUACAUCAGUCACUCGGCGGCCGGCAGGCAGAGCUGCCACGAGUCCCCACAGGUACUUUCGCCAACGCCGACCGAGGGGGAUCAGGAUGACCGCUCCUACAAGCAGUGCCGGACCUCCAGCCCCAGCUCCACUGGGUCGGUCAGUCUCGGGCGCUACACUCCGACCUCACGGUCGCCCCAGCACUACAGCCGUCCAGCUGGUACUGUGAGUGUUGGUACCAGUAGCUGCCUGUCCCUGUCCCAACACCCAAGCCCUACAUCCGUGUUCAGACAUCAUUACAUCCCCUACUUCCGAGGCAGUGAAAGUGGCCGGAGCACCCCCAGCCUCUCGGUGCUCUCAGACAGCAAGCCUCCCCCCUGCACCUACCAGCAGGCGCCUCGCCACUUCCACGUCCCAGACACUGGCGUAAAAGAUAACAUCUAUAGGAAACCCCCUAUCUACAAACAGCAUGGUCCUGUAUCCCAAUCCCCAAUUUCCAAGCUCUCGGGCCUGAUGUCAGCCUUGUCCUUGAUGGUGCACAAGGCAGGGUGCUCCAAAAGGCUGGAAGGUCCAAGCCCUCCGCAGGCUGCAGCCGUCAGGCGACCGGAUGGAGAGGACAGAAUUUUCGAGCAAGAUAACAGGAAGCAGAAGACCAGCUGGCUGAUUCUCAAGGGGGAUGCAGACAGUAGGACUAACUCUCCAGACCUAGACAGCCAGUCUUUGUCCCACAGUAGCGGGACCGAUAGAGACCCUCUCCAAACAAUGCAAGGGGACAACUUUUACUCACAAUGCCAAUCUGGCCCCUUGUGGAGCAGACCCGGAUGCCAGCUGGGGCACGCGAGAAUACAAGGUAAGAGGGGCUGCCCGCUGCCACGCCGACCUCUUCCCGCCACGAUGCACCGGCCCAGGUUAAAGGUUCCUUUUGUUGUGUUUUCCUAUGAAAUGUGUAUGUCAGAUGCCCGCGCAAGUAUGUACCUCUCCAUUGGCCUUUGGUCCCAGCCCACGCCUGCUCUCUGGGGUGAGCCCAUACUUUCUUCUCCCGACAGAUCUAUCCUUAUGACGCCCUCAUUGUCACAAAUCGAAUUCGUGUGAAACUGCCCAAAGAUGUGGACAGGACGCGACUGGAGAGGCACCUGUCGCCCGAGGAGUUCCAGGAAGUGUUUGGGAUGAGCAUGGAAGAGUUUGACCGCCUGGCCCUCUGGAAGAGGAAUGACCUCAAGAAGAAAGCCCUGUUGUUUUGACGGCCGCCAGGGUGCCUGACCACACGCGUGCCAGCGGCAGAGCACGGGACACCUGACGAGAACCACGAAAACCCUUCCUCUUGCACCUGGCUCUGGCUUCUCUGUGUCCGUGAGGGGCGGGCAGUGGGCCCCUGGAGAGGGCUGGGCUGGAGGCUGGGGUAGGAGGGGGUCCCAGAGUAGGUGCAACCACUGUUUCUGCCAGGAAUGCUCCUGCCCCUAGUUCAGAGUCCGGACGCCUUGCUUUGCACUGCUCCUUCCCCGCUGUUGCUUGGCAUCAGGGAGAUGCUGCAAAGUAGCUGUCCCAGGAAAUCAAGGAACAUUUCCCUGACCAUGCAGCCCACCCUCCCGACCCCCGUGCAGUGCCCCAACCCCUGCACUAAGCCCUGGGGGCACAGAGGUACCUGAGACUUGGGAUUUGAGGAGGUUUGUCGAUGACAGAUGCUGACACAAUCAUGGGUGGGUGGGCAGAUGGCUCCUGGGGCCUGCUCACCCCCCACCCCUUGCUCAGCCCCGGGGAGGCCCAGCCUUGCACACAGACAGGCCAGGCCAGGGAGAGUGCUGCAGAGCACCCAGGGCUGCACAAAGUGAAGUGUGGGGUGCAUGAUAUUUUGCAGCCACUUGUGAGGAGUCUGGUUUUAGGGACAAACGUCAACCUGACAGGGUACUGUCUGCCAGGGCCCUCCGUGCACUGCAUUUUUCUUCCAAAUCAUCCCCUAGAUGCCUAAAUGAUAUCUUUAAAGUAACACAGAAGUUUUUAUUUUAUUAAAGAGCAUAGCCUACUUAAACAUAAGACGACAUAUAUAGAGUUCCAUUUUACGGUCCCACGGAAGGGGAGCGCCUCCAGCCUUAUUCUCCACUGUUUGGAUCUGUGUGGUUUUGCUUUUUGGUGUGCUCCUAACACCUAGGGCUCCUUGUUGGUGUUCUUUUCAUCUUUUUUUUUUCUUUUUCACCUGUCACACGGGUGCCCUUAAGGGCAGCCCUUGGCCAUGUGAUGCUGUUUGUAAGUAUGUGUGAAGUGUAGCCACCACGGUCUGCCUCGCUGUCACUCUCCACGUCUUGGAGACAAAACAUCCUCUUCUGAUGGCCAAAGCCCUGGAACAAAGGAUUUCCAUGCACCCAGCCGAAUAAUACCCAACUACCCAACAUAGCUCUUGAUCUGCCCUUUUGUGAUGUGGCCUGUGUGGUGCCUGCCUCCCCCCCCCCCCCCGCAGUGAAACAUGACCCCCCACCCCCUGGGGGUAAAGUGUCUUCUUGUGUGCGUGGUCCUGAGACAGGCACCUGGCCGCUGGGGAGGGAGGAGGGAGAGCCACCCUCUUCUGGCCUCCAAGGUCAGCAGGCAGUCCUGCAGCAGAAGGCUUGGCCGGACCCCCCACUGAAAGGUGUCUGUGUCUGUAAUUAGGAGAUGACAGGGUGUGCUGCCUGUCACAGGACGCUUGUACAGUGAGUUCAGAGGCAUAUGAAACACUAGGAAGGUGUCACCAAAGUCUGUUUCCCUGUCUUCUGUGUAGCUGUGUCCCUCUGUAUGUCCUGGAGGUCCUGUCUGUGAGUCAGCGUUACUCAGAUCCUUCCAGCCUCACCACACACCCUGUUGCGCAUCGGCUUCCCACCAGCCCGGCUCAGCCAGGGAGGCGAGUUUCUAGCACCUGACGCACUUCCCUCCAUUUAGCAGCCUGAGCCCGAGCAACUGGAAACCCCCGUUUUCUCAUUAGUGCAAUGUUAUGUCAGCUCCCAGGGGAGCCUUGGAAAAAUAAAGGACGGUGUAUCCUAACUUGUGAAGG